GUCAUCACGUCAUCUAUUUUUGAAGGUAAGGGUUAAAAUGGGAAAUAUUGUCACGUGGUUUCAAUAACCCGGAAAUAAAAAAAUGUUGACGGUUUAUUUGAACUGAGGAGUGUGUACAUAAAUAAAUGUGUUUUUCGUGCAUGUAUAUCGGUCGUGUUAAGCCGGGAUGUAUAAACAUGUAGUGACACGUGUCUCUAAAUGGUCUCCGUUGUCUUAAAACGUCGUUUCUCGUGAAACCGGCAGAGUGACGCGUCGUUUCUGCCUCCAUGGACAAAGACCUGCAGGCUCCGUGUUCCUGGGCGGACAUGCAUCAGUUCAUCGGGGACCUCCUCUCAUCCGGAGCCCCCCCUAAGGGCCAGAUGGACGCGCGGAGCGCUGCGUGGGGGGCCGCGGCUCUGGGGCUGAAGCAGGCGGCCUCGGUCGAACCGAUCCAGCCCUUCAGAGCGGCGCCGGACAGGAGGGGGGCCGGCCCGGGAGCACGGGAGGCCGGGCCGCUAGCACGGCUCCAGCCGCUGAGGAGAGGCCCGAACGCGGGAAGGGAGGAUUUGCAUCACACCUGCACGUGUCCCAGCUGCCCAUAUUCCAGCUCUGCGUCGUCCUGUGAGGCCGUCUGCCCCCUGCAGGCAUUGCAGUCAGAGUCAGCCUGCCAGCCCAAAGACCCCAGCAGCAUGUGCUCACCGGACACCACCGUUCCCGCUGGCAGCAGCAGCAGCUCAGAGCUGAAGUCCAGGCGGAGCAGCCCACCGCAGGUGGAGGACGCUGACAGAACUGGGAGCGAGCAGCAAAGCUCCAACACUCCUCCUUCCAGGGCCCCCCCGUGCUCUUUAUCCCAACUCUCCGUGUUUCCGUGUUUCUGCUGCCAUCAAGGCCUGAGGACCUGCUCCCAGGUUCUGGGGAGUCAGGAAGGCACAGACCCCCCUUUUUCUCACACCCAUCAUCAUUUCCAUCACCACCACUGUGCCUUGACAUCCUGCCUGCCAUGUCCUCAGCUUUCGGCUCCCCUCAGCUGUUUGUCCUGCCCCUGUUCCUUCGGGCCCCCCCGGCACAAACAGGCGGAGGAGCAAGAGGCGAGGGGGCGGCGGCCUCUGCUGCCGCAUCCCUGCAUGCACUGCAUGGCCUCUUUUUCCAGGCCGUCACAGCUGCUGCAGCACCAGCGCGCGGAGCAUGCCCACAAGCCGCACGGCUUCCUUUGUACGGAGUGUGGGAGGGCCUUCAACUCCCACAGCAACCUGCGCAUCCACCUCAACGUGCACACGGGGGCUCGGCCCUACAGCUGCCCCGACUGCGGGAAAGGCUUCAGUCAGUCGGGGGCCCUGAAAAUCCACAGGCGGACCCACACGGGUGAAAGGCCGUAUGCAUGCAGCUUCUGCGAUAGGGGGUUCCCCAAUCUGGCAGGCGUCCGGGCCCACCAGAGAAUCCACACGGGGGAGAAGCCCUACCGCUGCGGCCACUGUGGAAAGUGCUUCACCCAGUCAGGAGCUCUGAAGAUCCACGUCCGCAUUCACACAGGAGAGAGACCCUUCCUCUGCAGCCUCUGCGGAAAAGGCUUUUCCAACCACUCUGGGAUUCGCUUCCACUAUCGGACGGUCCACGGCUUGACUGAGGAGCACACCGGGGAGGCAGCUUGUUCCCCUGGGCGCCCGAGGACCUCACAUAACCGUCCAGACCCGGCCUCCCACACACCGGCUCCUCCGGGUUCCUCCUCUCUUCCGGGCUCCGCCGCUCUCAGUGGAGCUGAGGGCAGAUCACCCAGAGAAGGAGGCAGCAGGCACAAAGCUGGACUCCUGUACGCGUGCGAGGACUGUGGGCUGUGUUUCAAAGAUGCCCCCUCCAGGAACAGACACCAGACUCUGGAGCACUACUCCCAUGAGAGGAGGGAGGAGGAGGAGGAGGAAGAGGAGCAGAGGGAAGAGUUCAGUACCAGAGAGGCAGUCUGAGAGUUCUAUGUCAGUCAUUUUAGAAUUAAGUUCAUAUAAAAGUUAUAUUUCCAACGUUCUUUACCAAAAGCAUCCAUUUGCUGUAACACAUUAAAGAGCCACUCUGAAGAAAA